AGGUUUCAAUUCCUUUCUCUUUCAAGCAACCAAGCAGCUUGCUUAUUAAUCAGUCAAUUUCUCUUACAAGUUGUUUAGUUAUUGUUUUCUUCAUGUUAAUCUCUUUUUAACACAUUGGCUUCACUCAUGCCUGCCAGAUUUUUACCAGCAACUGAUGGAGAACAUUGGAGGGAAGGAAGUAGCAGUGCAGAGGCCUCUGAAAGAUGUUUAUGUUGAUGAUGAUGGAGGGACAUCGGCAUUGAUAUCUUGUUUGAGGAUCGUCACCUGUUUUGUUAAAAUGAUGGUUACAACAUUCAUCUGGGCGUUGAUUAUGCUUGUGCUCCUGCCCUGAUCUUACCAGAGAGUCCGGCAAGGAAAUAUCUAUUGCCAUGUGACUGGUAGAUUGAUGCGGAAACAUCUCAAGCAAAUUUAAGAAGAUGGUACAUCCAUCAGAAGAUAAACUUUGAGAGUGUAGAUAUGUAGGUAAUGUUCCCAGAUAUUUGGUCAAAGCUUGAAAUUAAUUUUGGUAUGCUAUCUCAAGAAGAUUUAUUGAGUUCAGAAAGUGCUCAUUUAUGUUUAUUCUCCUUUCAUUUAUGUUAUCCUGAAAAGAGAUAAGAUGGAGGGCGGCUCAUGGAUUGGGUGGUCCAUUCGAUGGUAUUUGGAUAGUGAAAUGGAAUAAAAAAUUGGACAUUGC